GGCGACCACCAUUUCAGUGCUGAUCCGAUUACAUUAUUUACCGGUUCUACUUUUGAUAUUUACAAUCCCGAAUUCUAAAAGCUAUUAUGUUGGUGUCGGUAUAGCAGAUAUUACAGGUCCUGCUGCCGAAGUUAAUAUGUGACUGCCAGGCCUAGUCUAUAGGCUAUGGAAAUCAUUGGUAUGGUUAUAUAGAGCUAAAAGCAUUAGGAUAAUCAACUCAAGGAAAAAAAAAAUUUAAUGUAAUGACCUGAAUUCGAACUCGAGGGCUCAAGCCAACACUCUAGCCUCUGUGCCAGUGAAAUCAAAUCACAAGAUGGGCUAUGCUAAUCCUGGACAAACCAGUCAUGGGAUUCACCUUCGUCAGUUUAGCAGGGCCUUUAUUUUUGCUGAAUCUUUGUCUAGCAAAAGAACAGUAUUUGUCAGUCUUGAUGCAUGCUGGUCUCCUGGAGCAGUAAAACGUCUGGUUGUUCAAAUAUUAAAGAACAAAUUUGGAGACUUGUACACAGAAAGAAACAUUGCUGUUAGUGGAACACAUACUCAUGGCGGCUCAGGUGGCUUUAGUCAGUAUUUGUUAUUUGAUCUCACCGCUUUGGGGUUCAAUCAACAAAACUUUGGUGCCUUGGUGGAUGGUACACUGCAGAGUAUUAUUAAUGCUCAUGAAAAUCUACAACCAGCUGACAUUUUCAUGAAUAGUGGAGAGUUGCUGGACUCCAAUAUCAAUAGGAGUCCUACAGCCUAUCUCAAUAACCCAGCUGAAGAAAGAUCAAAGUAUAAAUAUGAUGUUGACAAAGAAAUGGUUGUUUUGAAGUUUGUCAAUCAGACUGGACAUGGGAUAGGAAUGAUAAGCUGGUUUGCUGUUCAUGGCACAAGUAUGAACAAUACCAACAAGAUGUUGACCAGUGACAACAAAGGCUAUGCUUCUCUUCUAUUUGAACAACAGUUUAAUCCUGGAGCCCUGCCUGGAAAAGGCACAUUUGUUGCUGCUUUUGCUCAAAGUAAUUUAGGGGAUGUUUCCCCAAAUACUAAAGGGCCUCAUUGUUUGGAUACAGGGUUACCUUGUGAUGCCAUCACUAGUACAUGCAAUGGAAAGAAUGAACUAUGUGUUGCAUUUGGUCCUGGAAAAGAUAUGUUUGAAAGUACUCAGAUCAUCGCAAACAAUCAAUACCAGAAAGCAUUGGAAUUAUACAACUCGGCACAAAUAAAGAUAACUGGACCUGUUGAUUUUCGGCAUUCCUACAUUAACAUGACCCAACAAGUUGUUCCUCUAGCCAAUGGAACAAAGGUACAAACUUGUAAACCUGCCAUGGGCUAUAGUUUUGCUGCUGGCACUACAGAUGGCCCAGGAGCCUUUGACUUUAAGCAAGGCUCAAACAGCAGUAAUCCAUUUUGGAAUUUAGUCAGAGAUUUGAUUAAAGAACCUACGGAAAAUCAAAAGAGAUGUCACUUUCCAAAACCAAUUUUACUUGACACAGGAGAGAUUUCCUUGCCAUACUUGUGGCAACCUCAGAUUGUUGAUAAUCAGAUUCUUCGAAUUGGUCAGUUUGUUAUCAUUGCUGUUCCUGGAGAAUUUACAACAAUGUCUGGUCGCAGAAUGAGGGAUAAUGUUUAUUUGGCGCUUACAAGUCAAGGCUUUCCUGCUGACACUAAGACGGUAAUUGCUGGAUUAGCCAACGAGUAUGCUGACUACAUUGCCACAUAUGAAGAAUAUCAGCAACAAAGAUACGAAGCUGCUUCAACUAUUUUUGGACCACACACUUUAGAAGCAUAUCUACAAACUUUUAGAUCUCUUGCUAUUCAGAUGGCACAGGGCCAGCCAUCCCCACCAGGUCCAACACCACCUAAUCAAUUGGACAAACAAAUUUCACUAUUACCUGGUGUCAUCUUUGAUUCAGCUCCAUCUGGAACACAGUUUGGCUCUGUGGUUAAAGAUGCCGAGUCUACUUAUACAGCGGGAUCUACUGUGACAGUAACAUUUGUCAGUGCCAAUCCUAGAAACGAUCUUAGGACUGGAGAUACAUUUCUAACUGUAGAACAUAAAGAGAAUGGAGACAAUUGGGUGGUUUUAUAUGCAGAUGCUAAUUGGGAAACAAGGUUUAAAUGGGUUCAGACAAGCCUUAUUCUUGGCCAUAGCCAGGCUGAAAUCAUGUGGGAAAUACCUAAAGAUCAAAUUCCUGGAGUUUAUCGUAUUAGACACUUUGGAACUUCAAAAAGUAUUAUUGGCUCAAAGACGCCUUUUGUGGGUCAAACCAAAGAAUUUACAGUUGUAAAUUCUAACAAUCCUUAUUUGUAUCAAAUAAUACAAAUGUAAAAUUUUCUUAAAAUAUUUAUUUUAAAUCCUGCUUGUUAAGUUUACUUUAACUGAAUGAAUAAAAGUAUUGAAACAAUAUUCAUAAGCUCUAAAAAGACUUUUCUACAGCAUUUUUUAUUAAACUUGAUUUUUUUUUUUAAAGUCAACUCUAUUGAGUCUUGAUUUGCUAUUUUUGUAAUUUUUUUAAAAACUAUGUUAUUUGGCAGCUAAUUAUUAAGAUAACCCUGUGAAAUGCUAACUUAAAUCCAUAUUUUAAAGUAUUUUUUGUGCCAUAUUUAUUUUGUCUUGUUAUGAUUAAACAACUAAUUUUCA